UUCCGUCGUUAUGAUGUAAAUGGAACCCAUGCGGUGGCUGGUCUUACUUAUUCUUCGAGUCCUGCAGUGCUGUUCGUGCCGAUUGAUUUGACCCGUCACCUGUUGGUCUGUUUACGGUGCUGGGCUACCACUCCAUCAAUUGAGGUGCCUUAUUGUUUUACAAGCUCGAGAGAAUAGUCUGACCGUGUAGCCUUUGUCGCGUAUAGCAGUUGGACUUCGGGAAACCAUUUUGUCACGAUGCCGCCGAGAUAUAGGCACGACAAUACGCCAUGGAUGAAGCGCAUCUUGAUCCCGUUCUGGGUGGUCAGGAAUCUCUUCAUGAUCAUCAUGAUCGGGAUCUAUGCGGUCGCCCUUGGAGUCGUGGACCAUUAUACACAGACCAGGAGCUCCAACAUUGCCGUGCUUUCAAUCCCUCUGGUCCUAUGCGCAAUUUGCGUAGUCCUCGAUAUCACCUCGAUCGUGCUCUUCGCGAAGCGAAUGCUAAGCCCAAGGGUCUUCCUUGUCUUCAGCGUUAUCCAGACUCUGAUCUGGCUCGGCGGCUUCAUUCUUGACAUCGUCGCUAUUUCUCAUGGCAUCCCUGGUGGCGCCAUUGCCUUGAGUGUCCUUGUUUUCCUCGCCUACGCCGGCACCCUCAUCUACGCCUCCAUCGUCUUCCACCGCUACCGGAAAGCCGGCGGCCGCGGCGCCUACACCUCCGCCGCCAACCCCACCAACGUCCAAUACCAAGGUACCGGCCACGCACCCCAACAGGCCGUCUACGAAAUGAAACCACAACAACAAAUCUACCAACAGCCGCAGUACGGCGCCGGAUCGGAGUACUACGCCCAGCACAUGCCGCAGCAGAUACCGCAGGGGAUGCCCCAGCCAUACCAGGACUACUCGCAGCAGCAGAGGGGGAUGCCGCCGCAGGGGAACCUGACGCCGAUGGUGACAAACCUGUUUGGAGACGCCCACUCGGGGUUGAACCCCGCGGGCACGCCGCGGCUGGAGAUCUCGAGCCCAACGAUGGUGGAGUUGGAGUCGGGGCAGUCGAAGGUGCCACAGGGGGCGGUUCCACCGUAUGUGUUGCAGGCGCCGGCGCAAGAAUUGGCGGCGACAAAGUGAUGUUAGGCUGGGAGGUCGCUAAGUUUGGUGCAUGGUGCAUGAUAUGGCGUACUAAUUUACUAUAUAUAUCCGUGGCUAUCGGUUCUAGGCAGGGGAGAUCAUAUACCAUUAGAUGCCGGGAGA